AUGAAGAUAAUCAUCACAUUCGCCGUGGCAGCCCUUUCUCUGGCCGCCCCGGACAGGCCUCGCGCAGGUUACACGCCCCCUGCUGUCUAUAGGCCUGCCCCGACGUACAGGCCUGCUCCGACCUACGCGCCGGCGCCUUCCUAUAGACCUGCUCCUUCUUAUGAAGCUCCUGCCAAGUACGCAUUCGACUGGGCUGUGCAGGACGCCUACUCCGGCAACGACUUCGGCCACCAGGAGUCCCGCGACGGCGACCGCACCCAGGGAUCCUACUACGUGCAGCUCCCCGACGGCCGCCUGCAGAAGGUCACCUACUACGUGGACGGCGACUCAGGCUACGUGGCCGAAGUCUCAUACGAAGGAGAGGCUCAGUACCCUGCCCUGCGGACAUCCUACCCUCCUUCUCCCUCCUACAAUCCCUCUCCUGUUUACGCCGCUGCCCCCGUGUAUGGCUAACGUCCUGAUUCUCCUUCUUGUGCUUACGUCCGGAUUCGAGAAAAUUAUAUUUAUGCGGCCGUGGUUUCUGGGUAUUAUCUCCCGACAUGACGCCAAU